AUGAUGGAAUCAUUACUUUUAUUUAUAAUUGAUCAUCCAGGUACAAGUCUUGAACAUUUAUAUGAACAUUAUAAAUGUGUACUUCAACCAGUUGCUAUUAAUGAUUGUAGGGUGUGUGGGGUGUGGGUGUGGGUGGGUGUGGGUGUGAAUAUAGUUGUGCGUGUAUUAGUUCUACUAACUAUCACUCACACCCACACCCGCACCCACAUCCACACCCCGCAAUUCUUAAUACGGCUAUUCUUAAUAAUUUGCAACUUAAAAUGUCAGUGACUAACAUUGCAUCAAAAAUAGAAAAUAAGAGUGAACAAGUGCAAACCAGAAAUUUUAUCAAGUUUGUAUCCACCAUGCAACUUCAUGAAGACCAAGUAGGCUGUGAAGUAGAAAUAAAUGAGAAUGCGUAUCAGGUUUGACACUUACAGAUCAUUCAUUGGAGAACAGUAUUGAAACAAUAUUAUGUCCUGAUAUAUCAACACCACCACUAUUUUUCACAAAAUCAACUUUGCUGUGGUAUAACAUAUACGUUAAACGCAGCAUUUUAAAUUUCAAGAAAAAAGCAUAAUCUCUUGGAGAUGGGAUUGCUUUUGAGAAGAUGAAACUCGACGAAGCUGCUAGGUAAGAUUCUCAUGGAAGGUGUGAAUCAUUCUUCCAGGAAGAGAAAAGAAAUACUUUCGGGAAUGAGAACAACCAAAGCCCACAACCAGUGUUCUGAAAGGCAUCAGAAAAAUAUCAUUAAGGAUAUUCAUAAGUUAGUUAAAAAGUGAUUUAGAACCAAACCACAUAUAUUUGAUUCCCAUCUUCGAGGGAUUAAAAGUUAAGCAGAAAUGUUUACUUUAAUUGAAAGAUGAAGUUCAAUGUUUUGUCUCAUGUAAACUUGUUAGGAGCACAACUAGGUGACAAAUUGUAGAAACGAAAGGCUCGAAAUGUAACUCAAACCCGAUGACAUAGUUGUUUACAAACACAACUUGAAACAGAAUUAUGCCUGAAUGCCACUAAAAGCAACUUUGAAUAGCAUCUGAAUGUAGUCAGAAUACAAAACGCGCAUCCAUGCACUAUUGCUGCUGUGCGUUGUAAUGUGCUCAUGUGCAAUAAAUAUUUUAGGGUGUGGGUGUGAGUGUAAGAAUUACGAGUAGGAGAACACUCACAGUCACACCCACACCCCACACCCACCCUCAAGGUUUUCUUCAUAUACACCCACACCCAUAUCCUUGUCGCGUUCUGUCUGCUAACUAUUCGUUCACCUUUUUAUUGUGCAGACAUAAUUAUAUAUAAACAAAGUGGUUGAACAUAAGAAAGAUGAGUUUUCAAAAUAUUCUUUUAUUCUAAACUAUUUCUCGAUAGUUUUUUGUCGAGAAAAUACCAAUCUCGAUUCAUGAUCGAAAAAGAACUACACUGAAGCAGUCUGAUGCAAAUGAGAUCAAUUCGAGGCAGAACAGAUCCCACGAUCUGAUCUGCUACAGUUUUCAGAAUAAAAGUAAUUCAAUAGAAUUAUAUUGAACAAAAAAAAUCGAAACAUGUUCUUUGAAAAGAACCAAUAGAAAAUGUGUCGCAGUGAGGUCCUUGUGUCGUACAAUGUGUCGCAAAUCACGACACAUUUUUAUUUAGUGUGCAUGAUUAAGCAUAAAGUACUGAAAAUCGUAAUUAUUUUAAUUCAUUCACAACAAAUAGAAAUCACAAAAAAUCAACUUAUGCAUCAGAGCUGUAGCUGACGUUCUUUCAGCAAACCGUUUUCCCAGCCACCAUUUCAUCAUUUCGCUCGUCGGUUAUUCCGUUCGAUCAGUUCACACAAAAGACUAUCCAAUUCGAAUCCGAUUCCAUUAUUCAAGCGAUUUAAUCUGGUGAUUGUCUAUGAGCAAAGAUGCAGAUAGAGACGUGAAAGAGAUGAAGAGAGAAAAUGAGGAUCACCGUGUUAUUUCUCAAUGCAUAAACUAGAUGUUGUGCUCCUUUGUCUCCAAUUUGAUUGUUCGACAGAGUUAGUUUGGUAAGUGUCUGUGGAAAAACAUGAAGAGGAGGAUAUGAGAGGGAUGAAGAAACAAAAUGAGAGUCACCCUGUUAUUUCUUAACGCAUCAGCCAGAUUUUGUGCUCCUUUGUCUCCAAUUUGAUUGUUCGACAGAGUUAGUGUAGUGAGUGUCUGUGAGAAAAAAUGCAGAUCGAAAUAUGAAAGAGAUGAAAAGAGAAAAUGAUGGUCACCAUGUUAUCUCUCAAUGCAUUAGCUAGAUCGUGUGCCCCAACAACUUUGAUUUGAUUGUCCGACAGACAUAAUACGGUGAGUGUCUGUGAGAAAAGUGAAGAUGGGGUUAUGAAACAAAUGAACAGAAAGAAUAAGAAUCACCCUGGUUUUUCGUAAAGCAUCAGCCAGAUGUUGUGCUCCUUUGUCUCUGAUUCGAUUGUUCGAG